CCUACGUCACAUGACGCAGCCCAUCAUGGCGGUAGGGUCGCAGCUGCCCUGGCCCGCGGCUCCGCAGGGCUGCUGCCGUUGCUGCUGUUGAGGGGUGGCGGCGGCGGCGGCACAGGCGGGCGGGCGGGAAGGAUGGUGUUUCUGUGGUCCGAGCGGCGGGUGCGGACCAGGAGCCAGGUUGAGGUUUGGCCGAAGCGACCUGUGCUCUGGAGCAGCCGGCGCGGGUGCCGCUGAGGCAGGCAGGACCGACUGACGGACAGACCGACGGAAGGCGACCCGAGAGCCGGCCCCGGGGCCGCGCCGUGGCGAGAUGCCGGGGCCGCCGGCAUUGCUGCUGCUGCUGUUGCUCCUGGCCGCCGGCAGUGCCGGGGCCGCGCCACUUCCGCAAACAGGUGCAGGAGAAGCACCUGCUGCAGAAGUCUCAUCUUUUGUGAUCCUGUCUGCAUGCAGUUUACUGGUAUUAAUAGUAUUAAUUGCAAACUGUGUCUCCUGCUGUAAGGACCCGGAAAUAGACUUCAAGGAAUUUGAAGAUAAUUUUGAUGAUGAAAUAGAUUUCACACCACCAGCAGAAGAUACUCCCUCUGUUCAGUCACCGGCAGAAGUUUUCACACUUUCAGUACCAAAUAUCUCACUACCAGCUCCGGCCCAGCUCCAGCCUUCUGUAGAAGGUUUGAAGUCUCAAGUUGCUCGCCACAGUCUAAACUAUAUACAGGAAAUUGGAAAUGGCUGGUUUGGAAAGGUCCUCCUUGGAGAGAUUUAUACAGGCACUAGCGUAGCCAGAGUCAUAGUGAAGGAGUUAAAAGCAAGUGCAAGCCCAAAGGAACAAGAUACUUUUUUGAAAAAUGGAGAACCUUACUAUAUUCUUCAGCAUCCAAAUAUUCUUCAGUGUGUUGGACAAUGUGUAGAAGCAAUUCCCUAUCUUCUGGUGUUUGAGUUCUGUGACUUGGGUGACCUGAAAGCUUACCUGCGCAACGAGCAAGAGCACAUGAGGGGGGAUUCGCAGACCAUGCUGCUGCAGCGGAUGGCCUGUGAGAUUGCAGCAGGCCUGGCGGCCAUGCACAAGCUUCACUUCCUGCACAGUGACUUAGCCCUGCGGAACUGUUUUCUUACCUCAGACCUGAAUGUGAAAGUGGGAGACUACGGAAUAGGAUUCAGCAGGUACAAGGAGGAUUAUAUUGAAACAGAUGAUAAAAAAAUUUUCCCUCUGCGAUGGACCGCUCCAGAAUUAGUAACCAGCUUUCAAGACAGACUACUAACUGCAGAUCAAACUAAGUAUAGUAACAUCUGGUCCUUGGGUGUGACACUUUGGGAGCUUUUUGAUAAUGCUGCUCAGCCUUAUUCCAACCUUUCCAACUUAGAUGUUCUCAAUCAGGUGAUUCGAGAGAGAGACACAAAACUCCCUAAGCCCCAGCUGGAGCAGCCUUAUUCCGACAGAUGGUAUGAAGUUUUACAGUUCUGCUGGCUGUCACCAGACAAGAGACCAGCAGCUGAGGACGUGCAUAGAUUGCUCACUUACCUACGGAUGCAAAGCCAAAGGGAUUCAGAAGUUGACUUUGAACAACAGUGGAAUGCUCUUAAACCAAAUACAAAUAGCAGAGACACUUCAAGUAAUGCUGCAUUCCCAAUUCUCGACCAUUUUGCCAGAGAUCGGCUUGGUCGAGAGAUGGAGGAAGUCCUCACUGUAACUGAGACCAGCCAGGGCCUGAGCUUUGAGUAUGUGUGGGAGGCAGCUAAGCAUGACCACUUUGACGAGCAUGGUCGGGGCCCCGCAGAUGAAGCCUUGUCCUACACAAGCAUCUUCUUUCCAGUUGAGGUUUUUGAGAGUUCACUUUCAGAUCCUGGACCAGGGAAACAAGACGACAGUGGCCAGGAUGUCCCCCGUGGGGCCCCCGGAGUGGUUCCUGUUUUUGAUGCCCACAACCUUUCUGUUGGAAGCGACUAUUACAUCCAGUUGGAAGAAAAAAGUGGUAGCAACUUGGAGCUUGAUUACCCGCCGGCACUGCUCACAACUGAGAUGGAUAACCCAGAGAAGAUAAGUGAUGAGACGUCCCAGUUUCUGACACUCAGGAAUCUUGAAUUUGAAGAGUCGAGUACAGAUGAAGAUUUCUUCCAAAGCAGUACAGACCCCAAAGAUUCCAGCAUACCUGAGGACAUACAUGUUACCAGGGGUCCUGAGAGCCCUUUCAACAGUAUAUUUAAUGAUCUGGACAAAUCAGAGGAUCUACCCAGUCACCAAAAAAUAUUUGAUUUAAUGGAACUAAACGGAGUUCAAACGGACUUGAAGCCGACCGCUUUAAGUUCAAGUCUGGAUGCCUCCAGAGAGUCAGUAACAGCGUGCCACUUUGAGAAAGAAAAGCCCCGUAAGCUUUUUGACUGCGAGCCUCUUUGCUUAUCAGAAAACCUUUUGCACCAAGAUAAUUUUGAUCCACUGACUGUUCAAGAAUUGUCAGAAAACUUUUUAUUUCUUCAAGAGAAAAACUUACUAAAAGACUCAUUGUCUAGCAAAGAACAUGUAAAUGAUCUUCAAACAGAACUUAAAAAUGCUGGUUUCACUGAAACAAUAUUAGAAACUCCACGUAGAAAUUCUUUAGAUCUUGAAGUUAAGUUUGCUGAAAAUAAACCAGGCUUUUCUUUGUUGCAGGAAAACCUAAGCACAAAGGGUGAAGACACAGGUGGUGUGUUCAAGGACAACACUUUAAACACCUCACCACAGUCUUCCCCGGAAGUGCAGGUACCUCCUACCUCUCUUGAAACAGAAGGAACACCUCAUCAUGUACCUCCAGAUCCGCUCCUGAAGCAGGGAGAACCCACGUACCCAGAUGUCAGUAUCCAUGAAGACUGUCUCUGCCAGGAAAUCAAACCAGACUCUGUCACCAUCACAGUUGUAAUUCCCUCCACUGAUGCCAAAACAUGUGGCAUUGGCAACAUGUCUCACGACCUGACCCACCAAAGUCAGGAGGCCUUGAGACUGACCAAAAGUGACUCAGUUCUUGUUAAUGACGUUUUUGCCAAUAAGGUGAGUAUAGGAAGUAGUCUUCCAGAAUUGAGACAAAACUUACAAAACCAGACGCUUUCAGAAGACCAUCAUAGUAAUAGCCUGCUGGAGAAAAACGUGGAAGCUGUGGAGACUUUGAGUCAGCUGCAUUGUAAAGAUGCCACAAAAGAGGGGGGCUUGGUGUCUGCCCUCUCGUCGGACUCGACCAGUCAAGACAGCCUUUUAGAAGACAGCUUGUCAACACCCAUUCCAACUUCAGAACAGUCUGUGGAGACCCCAGACUCUCUGGAUUCAGUGGAUGUCCAUGAAGCCUUACUGGGUUCUUUAAGCUCUCACACGCCUCAGAAACUCUUGCCCCCUGAUAAGCCUGCAGACAGUGGCUACGAGACAGAGAACUUAGAGUCCCCUGAGUGGACUCUGCACCCUGCUCCCGACGGCACCUCCGCCUCAGAGGCUGCCACAGUGGGCAAUGACAGUCAUGGUAGUUUGCCUCCCAAACCGGUCAUCGUCAUCUCAGAUGCAGCUGAUGGCCACAGAGGUACAGAAGUGACCUCGCAGACUUUUGCACCUGGCUCUCAGAGCUCAUACCGAGACUCUGCUUACUUCUCAGAUAAUGACUCUGAGCCCGAUAAGAAGUCUGAGGGGGUCCCAGGACCCCCAGCCUCACCCUUGGUAUUGGUGACGGAUCCUCCCCUGCCUGAGCCAGUCAUUCCAGAGCACAGUCAUGGCAUCAAGGACAGUUGCCUGGAAACCAACCAUUGCCAGCCAGACCAAAGUUGUCUCCCUGCCUCACAAGAUCCCAGUCACCUGAAGUCUAGAGAAACCUUGGACGCAGCACCAACUGAUGUUUCCAAGCAGACACCUGCUUCUGAAGACAAGGCUGGCAGUCCCUUGAGUAUGUUGAACUCUGAGCUGAGCAGUGGCGAUGACUUUGAGGCUCAAGAGGAGUGCCCCUGCACACUCACCUCCACUGGAACCAACACCAACGAGCUCCUCGCCUUCACAAAUUCCACCCUCUGCUCUGGCAGCCCAUCAGACCUGACGGUGGAGAAGUCCUUGUGUGGCCAUGCCGAGGGCCCCAAGUUGAAGGAGCCAGAUAUUGAAGGGAAAUACCUGGGGAAACUUGGUGUGUCAGGGAUGCUUGACCUCUCUGAGGAUGGCAUUGACGCAGACGAGGAAGAUGAGAACAGUGACGACUCCGACGAGGACCUGCGGGCGUUCAACCUGCACAGCCUCAGCUCCGAGUCAGAGGAUGAGACUGAGCACCCUGUGCCUGUGAUUCUCAGCAAUGAGGAUGGGCGGCACUUACGGAGCCUGUUGAAACCCUCAGCCACUGUUGCCAUUGAGCAGCUCCCAGAUGACUGGAAAAAAGAAAAGAAGGCAGUGACAUUCUUUGACGAUGUCACAGUCUAUCUGUUUGACCAGGAGACCCCAACCAAAGAGCUGGGGCACUGCGGAGGGGAUGCACACAGCCCCGAGCUGAACAGCCCAGCACCAUCCUCAGGCUCUCCUUAUCUGAGCAGGUGCAUAAAUUCGGAAAGCUCAACAGAUGAAGAAGGUGGAGGCUUUGAAUGGGAUGAUGACUUUUCCCCGGACCCUUUCAUGUCAAAGACAACAAGUAACCUUCUUAGUUCCAAGCCUUCUCUUCAGACAUCCAAGUACUUUUCACCACCUCCGCCACCCCGGAGCGCGGAACAGAGCUGGCCUCACACCCCGCCGUAUUCCAGAUUCUCCAUCUCUCCUGCCAACAUCGCCAGCUUUUCCCUCACUCAUCUUACGGACUCAGACAUUGAGCAAGGAGGAAGCAGCGAAGACGGAGAAAAGGAUUAGGUGGAUGUGGAUGCACUCCCGAGUCCCAGGCUGCUCCCCCAGGGUGGCAUUCCUGCACCGCAGCCCAGCAGUGAUACCCCUCCACGUCCGCUGCAGUGGGCACAGCUGCAGUGGGGUGCGGCGCAAGAGAGAGACUCAGGAGGCCGGAAGGGAGUCGGCUGGCUCUGUGCCCAUGGUGGGAAGCCCAGCUGGGGAGGCCCUGUGGCCGCUGUCACUUGCCAGAAGUGCUUGUGCCCUGGUCAUCCUUGGGGAGCGUCGAUCCUGCUCUGGUGUGUGGGGAACUGUAGGCUCUGGGUUGUUUCUGGCUUCCAUGUGGGGUGUUCUCCACUUCUGCACCUGUGCAUCCUUCUGUGCACGAGGGCCCAGAGGUGCACAAUGGGAAUGGGCACCAGUGAGCCAUAUUUAUUAUUUUAAAGAAAUCACUAAUUGCUUUCUGUAAUUGCACUGUGGAUAAAUGUUCUAAGAGUACCUGAUAUUGUACAGAAUCUUAAAUUAUUCAAGGAAAAUAAGGCAGGUCAAGCUGGUGCUAUCCACUAGUUUGAUUUUUUUUCUGUUUUAUAGUUUGUUUGCUCUGCAUGGUACUUGUAAAGUUUAAAUAUUUUGAGUGUUCUGCUGUCUAGAAUUGUUGGAAUUGUACAUAUGGUACUUUUUCGUAAAUGAUAAAUGAUUCCGAAGGUUAGUGUUUUUUUUUUGUUCUUAUAGGAAAUAUUUUUGAUGAGUCCAAAAAGACUGCUUUGUUCUGUUGACUGAAUGAACACACGUUUGUCUCUUUCUAUGACGCAGGUUCCUUGUAGCAAGCACAGCUUCUCUGAGGAGCUCAAGGGUCUUACAGCCCCUCCGUGUGAUUCUCCCACCCUGCUCCCCAGUUUUUUUAAACCCUUCUGAGAAACUUGACAGGUGGUUCACCGCAGAGCUCAGCUUCAGGUUAGAGUGUCCAGGUCUCCUGCCCGCUCCCUGGGGAGCCGAGUGCCCCCAUCUGGGCCGAGUUCUGCUGUGGCCCCUGUGCCACUUCCCCUCAAAGUCUGCUCUUCUGCUUGGUUUUUGGAAGCACAGGCUGCUACGUAACUCCUUCCUUCAGAUGGUACAGAACUCUGAGGAAGAAGCUGCCCGCACAGGGCUCUGGUUGCCAAGGACAGUUUGAGUUCAUUCUGUUUGUACACACUAGGCGUUGAGCUUUUAAAUCACCUCCAGAGCUGAAUUUUCCCCGAAGAACCACUUCUCAUCGUGGCCCACGGCGGCUGGUCUCUGUAACCAAGGAGAUACACUACAUCCUGCAGCUGGGAGGAGGGACGAGGGACAUGAUGGAGCCUGCACAGCUAGCACGUCCUCCUGGUUGGGACCUUAGGCAGCCACAUGUGGCCAUCACACCGAGACAUGGCCCUGGGACUCAUCUGCACUGACCCUUCCCUUCUGCGUUAAGCACCAUGUUCUCCCUUUGCCUUGAAAGGGACCGAGUGUGUCCCACACAACCUCCUAAUGUUGCCAGGAAUUGGGCGUUUGUGAUAAAGCUGACCUCAUUCUGCAGUCCAUGAUUCUGCUUUGACAUCAGGAAGUUUCCAGGGGCCAUAGAGCAGCAUGUGCCGGAGGAGGCUUGGCAUGUCCUCCAUGAAGCCGUGUAUACCGGGGUCGGGCAUCAGGUCUGUGGUCACCACACACUGGCCUUUCACCCCAAAUGUUUUCCGGUGCUGAUUUGUUUCCCCGACUCCAGCAUAACAUGGGCCCACUGGGGCUGCGUGAUAGUCCCAGCAAGCAACCCUGGUCCUCAUGUGAGAUGCAGUUGUGUAUACUGGCUAGAGUUUACAAAAUCAGUUAUGAUCUUUAUUAUCAAUUCUGGUUCACUCCACUCACUUUUUAUACUAGCAAUAACUAUCCAGAGCAAGAACUCAGAACGGAGAAAGAGCUUCCUCUUGGUGUGAGCAGGAAGCACAGCCAGGACAGCAGGGCCUUGGGAUGUGCAGACUGGACAAGAAAAAGUUAAUAGGGCAUUAAAAGGUGAUUUUGCCAAAAUUGUCAUAACUCUGAAUUUCCUGCUAUGAAGAUUUCCUGAGUUUCCUGAAUUUUUAUAUCUAUCAGUCUUUGUGAGAGAUACAUGAGAGGUGAUAAUUAUACAAGUUUUUUCAAACUAUAACGAGUUCAGAUUUAAUGACUAAAGUCAAGCAGAUCCAUAGAAUAUAUAGUCUUCUUGUGUAAUCAGCCUGGGAUCAAUUUACUGAUAUUUGGGGGCUGUACCUUUUUCACUAUGAUUAAGGAGAUUUUAACAAACUAAUUCCCAUUUUAAUUUAUUUUAGGUCUAUCUUGCUGUCAUGAUUAAUUGCCAAAAGAAAGCAUUUUAUACAUUGAGUUGGGGGGGUGGGUUGGAGUAGUAAAUCUUACUGUGGUGUUGCAUGGUGGGGAAGAUUUUAUAUUUAUAAUAAACAUGUGAGUCAAUAUGUUCUUUUGAAAUCUCAAGCAAUACACAGGAAACCAAUUAUGUAGAUUAGAAUUUUCAGCCCAUCUUUGAAGUGUCAGCAUGUGCUUUGUUGUUCAAGUCAGGUUUCCUUUUCUUUUCUUUUCUUUUCUUUUCUUUUCUUUUCUUUUCUUUUCUUUUCUUUUCUUUUCUUUUCUUUUUUUUUAAACUACGUUGGUUACCAAUAGUGGAUUUUCAGACCGAACUUGUUCUAAUAAGUUAUGCAAUGAAAUCAGUGGAAAUCUCCAGAAAAUAUGGGUGAAGUUGAUAAUACCUGAUUCACAGUGGUAUUUCCUGGCCUUCUUUGGAAUCUAUCAGGUUUUAAUUAGUGCUACUCUGGUGGAGUUUACGUCUUUUAAAUCCUAUAAUAAGAAUAACCUUCAUUUCCUUCCUACUAGAUGUUAAAUUUGUGUUAUCAAAUGAUCCUGUCAUAAGCCAGAAAAAAAGAAAUUAAAAAAAAAAAAAACAGUGCUCCCUAAAUCCUUCUGGAAGGACUGUGCGUCUGGGUAAGAAGCCAUUCAUCUUAAGGGUGAAGAAGCUCCACAAAGCUAAAUUGAAAACAGAGCAUUCAUUCUAUUUUUAAAUGUACAGGCGAUUGUUUCUAUAGAAGUGAGUUUUAUCUUAGAAAAGUCUUUGUAUGUCUUGCUGCCGUAAAACGCCUUUCAAAACCUCUCCCUUGUAUUCAUAUUUUCCAUAGGGUACUUGUAGGGUUAGUGACUUACUGCAUUUCUGUCCUGAGGGCCCAGGGUGCGACGGAAGCAGCUCUUGGUUUUACCCUACUCAGCCCAUCAUCUGAAAUUCCAGAGGUGAACCUAGUGUUAGGCUCUGAAUGUUGGGCUUCGGUGAUCAGGGCUUCAGAAUAGUAGCCUUAUGAGAAGUAGCCUUAAAAUAAGAAUGGGUGGCACAGUUCCUUCAGAUUUCAGUCUCAUAAACAAUAUUCCUAAUAGUAACGGGGUUGGCUCCAGUUUUGGCUAUUAACGAAACUCCUCUUCAGUACACAGAUAAAUUCUGAAAGGUGUGUAGACAGUAUUGAAUUACCAACAACCUGCUACCCUAAUGGCUUGAACUAGGUGGUUCAGGCUCACACAAAUGCAGACAGACCUUACCAGUGGGCUGGUGCGUGCAUCCACUGUUGAAUCCCGCCUGCAAGAGAAGAUCCAUGGGGCAGUCACACCCACACGGCUUCCCUGUUGUGCUUUAACACAGUUGUGAGAGGUUCACGGCAAUAUCACAGCUAAUGAACUUUCAGUUUAAAUUGUGUACAUUUUUAAAUUGUAAGAUUUUUACUGUAUAUUGAUGCAUAGUGUGAUUCAAUAAAUUGCUUGUAAUUUAAAAACUAUUUAAUAUUCAAAAUAAAUAUAGUUAUAUAUUUAUAAA